AAUAGGAAUAAAAUGGAUUUUAACUCUUCAAGACCGCAAUGACGCUGACAGCGACCAGUCUCCCGGCCGUGCUAACGUAAUGACGCUGACAGCGUCCGAUCACUAUUUCCCUGUUUACUUCUUUUUCUUUUCUAAUCCACGUUUUUAAUACCUUAAAUGGUCUAAGGAAACGCUAGAGCGGCCAUUUUGAAAGUUUUUUUCUUCUGAUACUUAGUGGAUCUACGCUGUUUUUAUUGUUUUAAAUAUUUUUUAUCGUAAGUGACUUGUGAAUUUUUCGUUUGUUUACAUCAUGGCUGACAAGCCUUCUUGUUCUUUGUCUGGCUCUAGGCCAGCUCGCCGUUUUACUGCUGAUCAGGCACUAAACAUCUUCUUAGAUAUGGAUGAUAGUGACUUGAGUGACUUAGAAAGUUAUCCUGGAAGCUCUGAAAGCGAUUUUCAGCCUUCAAGCGAGUCUGAUAGUGAAUUAGAUAUCCCUAGGCCUAGAUCUAGUAAUAGUAGUAAACGAAAGGGGGCGUCGCCCCAGCCAGGCCCUAGUAGAUCUAGUAAGCAACCUCGCAUUGCUACAGCUGAUGUACUACAUGUAGAACAAACUGAAUGGGAAGAAGUAGAUCUAGAUCUGCAUCCAGCACCAUCUACUCAUAAUAAUUUUAGGUUUUUGCCUAAAGAUGGUCGUCAGCCAGGAAUAAAUCCUGCUACUGGCCUAGAUGAAAAUUCUACCCCACUUCAUUUUUUUGGUACUCUAAUGACAUCUGAUAUUACUGAUGAUUUUAUUAGAUCUGUCAACAAUUAUGCUGAACACAUGAUUGUAAAAAAUAGCCCUGCAUUGUCCAGAUCAAGGUUCAACAGAGACAAUUGGCAUAAUUUCACAGAGUACGAAUGGCUCAAAUUUUUAGCCGUCAUUAUCAACAUGGGCAUUGACAAGAGAUCGUCAAUUCGAGACUACUUCUCAACCGCUGACAACCUCUACACAGGCUUUUAUCACAAGAUGUUUCAAAGGAAGAGAUUUGAAACAAUUUACUCUUCAAUGCUUCAUGUGGGAGAGCCAGGUGCUGAAGACAAAAACAAAAUAGAACCAUUUGUAAAUAGCCUUACUGAAAGAUUUCAGUUUGCGUUCACUCCAAAUCAGUCUGUCUCCAUAGAUGAGAUGAUCAUUGGAUGGAAAGGAAGGUGGAGGUACAAAAUGUUCAAUGCUGCUAAACCAUACAAGUACCAUAUUAAAAGUUUUGGUCUAGUAGACAGUGGUACUGGCUAUGUAUUGAACCUCCUUACAUACUAUGGAGCAAAUACAUCAUACGAUCCCGAAGCUGAUCCGAAUGGUGGAAUGGCCAUCAAAAUAUUUGACACCCUCUUGAAACAUUUGGGUAAAGGUUACCAUAUUUAUGCAGAUAGAUGGUACACAACAAGGGCUUUGAUUGACCAUCUUCUGGAUCAAGGACAGUACUAUACAGGGACAGUACAAAACAACCGUGUUGGCUUCCCCAAAGCUCUGAAAACCAUUGUGCUCAAACACAUGCAAAGCAAAUACUGGAUGCUCCAGGAUAAAAUCUUGUGUUUAACCUGGAAGGACAAAAAAGCAAAAAAGCCAGUCAUCCUUGCUUCAACAAGUGCUACAGCAGAGGAUGUCACAGUGCAAAGGGGCAAAGUAAAACCAGGAGCCAUCCAUGCUUACAACUACAGCAUGAAUGGCUGUGAUCGUGCUGAUCAGAUGAUUGGCUACUAUGGCAUCCACACUCGUAGAACAAAAAAAUGGAAAAAGAUUUUUUACUGGUCUUUAGAGAUAACCACAGUAAAUGCCUAUAUCCUCUGGUGCCUUACAAGACCACCAACAAUGAAGAAACAUGAGAUGACUCUGAAAAGCUUCAAGCAACGAGUCAUCGACGAGCUGUGCUGCAAAGCCUCCGCAAUCAUGCCUGAUCCAACCAGAACAAUUUUCACAAAACCUGGACGUCCUCGAUUGUCUAAUCCAAUUGAACGUCUAGAAGGAGCCAAACACUGUAUUGCUUACACCGAACAAGACAGAAGAUGUAAGGUAUGCAGCACGCCUAAACAAGUAAAACGCUGCAACUUUAUUUGCAAAGGCUGUGAAGGUCAUCCUCAUCUCCAUCCAAAACACUGUUUUGAGAUAUGGCACACCAAAGUUAAUUUUUAAUCUGGUGUACACAGUACUUGUAAAUAGUUUGAUUUUGUGUACAAAAUGUAUAUAUAGAUAUAUAUCUUCAAGUUUCAUUUUUUUGUUAUUUUCAUAAUUUUGUUUUGGAAUGAGACUGUGAUUAAAAGGAUCACUGAAAGUGUAAAUAUUGAUCAAGUUUGACAGUGUUAUGUUUUUUCAGUAGAUAAUUGGAUAGAGUUUUAAUAUUUCAUACUAUAAUAAUGAAUAAGGACUGUUGCAAUAUUCUUUAUUACUUGGGUAAGUCAAUUUUUACGUAUUAAAAUUAAAAAAAAAAUUUUUCAUCUCUGAAAUUACCUAAUUUUUUUUUCCAGUGACUAUCUAUAACACUAAAAGAUAAAUUAUAUUGUAGUACAUUCAAUUUCCAACAAAAUUUUAUAUAACAUGUCUAUGUUUUAACAAACAGAAAAAACAGUAUGACGUUUAUGAAUAGGCAUAUGUGAUAAAAAUUGUGGGAAAAAAAAAUAAUUCCGGUAGAAUGAGAAAAAAAUUACGGUUUUUAAGAGUUAAUGAUGAAAUAUAUUUAAAAAAAAAAAAAGAACAAUGGUAAUAACAAGUAGCAUCCUAACUGUAUGUGUUCAACUUAACAACAGAAAGCUGAAUAGCAACACUUAUUUAUACAGAUGAGCUAGACCUUUUGUUUAAAAACUGUUCAAUCUAUCUUUCUAAAGUACACUCAUGACUUUAAAUAUUUACAUUUGUUUCAAUCUAAUGUGUUCUUUAGUUUAUAUAAUCAUCAAGUAGUUUUCAAUCUCAAGAGGUGUAAUUUGAUGUUACCAUCAGCUAUUAUAAUGAUUUAACUAAAUGUCUCACUAGACCAAUGAUAAAUAAAUAUGAGAAAAACUGCAACAUAAAAUGUAUUUAGAAAUUCUAUUAGAAACAUCUUGUGAAUCAGAAGAACAAAUAGAAACAUCUUGUGAAUCAGGAGAACAAAUCUUUUUUGCAGUAGUGAAACUUAUCCUCAGGGCCUGAUUCGUGUUUUUUAUUUAGGUAAUGCUCAUCUUAGAUUACAUCCCUCGUGUCAGGUCAAAUUUUGUUUUGGUAUUCGAAAAUAACUUCUGAAUUAUUUCAUUUAUGGUAUAAGGUUUAGAUUUAAGUUAUAAAUAAAAGUCAGUGUUCAUGAACAUUUUAAUAAAUACUUAAUUAUGAACCCUUACCUCUUUACAUGUUUCCAAAGUGAUUA